ACAAGCAAAAACUAUCAAGGAGGGAACAGGAUCUUCCUAUAUUCCGUCUAAAACUUAGCAAAUCAAAGUGUUCUGCUACAAGGGGGGAGUCAGCCAAUCACCCCCACCUCUAGUCUCCUGCAGACCCCCACUGUGGACUGAGCAUCUGGCUGAAACAUAUUCUGCCUGACUCCGUACAUAUGAGGUCUGCAAGAUGUCAUCGGAUAGUGGGACCUCUUUGCCGGAAGGAGAAGAAAAGCCGCUUCUUGAUGUAGACGAAUUGCAUUAUUUGCUACAAGCGAAGCAAGAAGGGACACAGAAGAAAACCUUCACCAACUGGAUUAAUUCACAGCUGUCAAAGCGUCCUCAGCCAUCCGUUAUCACAAAUCUGUUUAAAGACCUUGAAAAUGGACACGUACUCUUGGACUUGCUUGAAGUUCUUUCUGGCGAGGAACUUAAACGAGAAAAAGGAAGAAAUUUAUUUCAAUCGAGAAGCAACAUUGAAACUGCAUUGACCUUCUUGGAGAAACAAUCAAUUAAACUCAUAAAUAUUCAUGUCGAGGACCUCAUUACUGGGAAACCGUCCAUUGUACUUGGCCUCAUUUGGAAAAUAAUUUUGCAUUUUCAUAUUGAAGGUCUUGCAGAAGCUCUAUCUAAUGCGGAAGAGGAAAGUGAGAAUGCAGCUACUCCAACCGCAAGCCCACCCACCAAGAAGAAUGCAAAAUCUCUGUGGAAGAUGUCUGCCAAAAAGGCGCUCCUUCAGUGGGCCAAUGAAAAGUGCGCACAGCAAGGGUCUAUCGGUGUAACAGAUUUCAAAUCGAGUUGGAAAAAUGGUCUUGCGUUCCUAGCGAUUAUUCACUCGUUGAGACCAGAUAGUGUAGAUAUGGAAAAAAUAAAGGAUAGGACAAAUGAAGAAAAUUUGCGAGAGGCUUUCCGGAUUGCAGAGGAGGAAUUACAAAUUCCUAGGCUUCUUGAACCUGAAGAUGUAAAUGUUCCUGAUCCGGAUGAAAAAUCAAUCAUGACCUACGUGGCUCAGUUCUUGCAUUACUCCAAGCCAGCAGCAGAGCCUAAAAAAGCCAUUUCGAUUAAGGUGAAAAAGGCUGUGGAAUGGCUGGAUUUAGAAAAUCAGACAUUAAAAGAAUUGUUUGCAGAAAUGAAAUCCAAAUCGUAUGCUAAAAAAUACCAUGAAAUUCUAUUAUACAUGAAAAAGUUUAAUGACCAAAAGCGAAUUUUCUUGGCUGAUCUGUCUAUGAAGUCUCUGCCUGGUGCAGAAGAACAGCUUAUCAAGCAGUCUCUGCAAAGUAUAACCAUGCAGAUUGCAGAUUGGAAGAGGGACCUUGAUCGCAGUUUACCUCCUCCUUUGGACGCUAUCGAGACUUGGCUUACAGAUGUCGAAUGUCUGAUGUCACAGAAUUUACCCGAAUGCGACACUCCCUACAAUACAGUCUCUCUACUUGAAAAUGUGUCUGCUUCCUUUAAGGAUCUGGUGUCCAGUGCAAGUGACUAUUUGGAAACAAUCAAAUCUUUCAAGACAUUGGAUGUGAAUGGCGAGAUCCUAGUCCCAAGCGAUAAAAUGGAGGAGAUGAAAGCAAGGGCCCUGAAGAUCACAAUGACGAAUUUUAAUUCUUUAAUUGAUUACCGCUGUUCAGGACAUUAUGUCCUGGCAUUGCUUGAAGAUGCUAAACCCCGACUGAAAAUGUGGACAGCAAAGUACAAGACUCAGGAGUCCGUGGAAGCUCUUCUUGCAGACUGGAACGAUUUUAUGGAAAAGAAUGAGUUCAUGUUCCGUCUAGAGACUGCUUUCAAGAAAUUCAGGGAACUCCGAGAUCAGUUGGCUGCGUCGGAUGAAUAUUCAAGGGAUUCUGAAGUAUUUGCAGAAUAUGAAACCAUUGAACUCAAAUAUAAAGGAUUCCAAAUAUUGGCUCAGCAAGCAAAAUCCAACAUGGAAAACGUUCAGGCGUCUUGGACCCACUUUGAAAACAAUAUCACGCUAAUUACAUUCUGGUUGGAUGAACAGCAGAGAAUUCCCCUGGCUAAAGUUCCCAAGGAGAUCAUGUCCAAAUGGGAGUCUGUACUUGCUUCGCUAAACAAAGAUGGGAACUUCUUGAUGGAGAAAACUACGGAAAAGAUGGCAUCGAAACUAUCCAGCAAACUGAAAUCCGUGAACAGUCGGUGGGCCAAAUAUGUUAAAAUUUAUAAAGCGCAAAAGGAGACUGUAACUGAUGGCAAAGCACCAGUAGACUCUUCUGAAGAAGACCAAGCUUUGAAUAAUUUGGGCAGUUUCCCCCUUGCUGCUGAGGAACAUUUAUCAGAGGUUGAUAUAAAAACCAACUUUGAGCGUUCAAAGAGCAGGCUGGAAACAUACAUCACAGCAGCGACAGGUCUCCUCGGACAAAGACUCACCCCAGACGAGUUCAUUUCACAGUAUGAGAAAACACUGGGUGGUUUUAGCAAUGAAAGUCUGGAUAAUUUCUUGAAAUUUGCCGAUCAGAUGAAAAACAUUUCAGGUCCAAAUGAAAAGUCAACCGUGGAUUCAGUGAGUGCAGAUAUCCGCAAUAGGUGGAAGAUCAUUCACACUGAGAUAGAGACCCACAUAUUUCAAUUGAAAAUGCAUGUUGAAAAAAAGAAAUUUGAUGAUCUGUUCUGCAAACUCGAAAAGCAAAUUAAUAAGGAGAAGGAGUGCAACAAUGUCCGAGAGAUGGAGGAACUUACCAGGAAUCAUGAGAUUUUAUUUUCGGAGGAUGGGUGUCGAGGUCAGCUAAAUGGUUGUGUGCAAGCAAUGAAGGUGCUGUGUGAUACUAGACAGGCACAGAAAGAUUACACAGAAGCCAUUGCAUCGGUUGCAGAAUACGCAAAAAAUAAGGCGCAACUGGAAAAACGUGCUGAAGAUGUUUAUUCUAAUUUGCUGUCUCGUCAAGAUCAACUUCAAGUGCCUAAAAAGCAUGUAUCUCUGACUGCUUUGGAAAAUGGGGAAAAGACGGACAUUCUUCACUCCAAUGGCACAUUGUCAUCACAAGAGAUUUCUGAAGAAGACAGUCAGGAUCAUCACAAUGGACGUGUGACCUAUGAACAGAACACCGCAAAUGGUUCCAGCACUUUGGAGAUUAUGGCAAAGAGGUACAAUGAAGAGAAGUCACACCUGGAACAUUUACUUCAGAGCACUAGAGAGAGAUUUACGAUUGAAAGUCCACAAGAAGCGCAAGACUUAACAGAACUUCAACGCAGACUGCAUGAGCUUCAGACUUUACAAGAUCAAGCAAACACCUACUGGACGCUGUUUGAAUCCACGUCACAGGCACUGGAAAAUCUUGUCAAUGUGAUCGAGCGAAUCAAGUUAUUGAAGAAAAGAAAUAUAAUUCACUCUGACAAAAGAGCCAUCGAUGAAGAAAUUGCAAAUAGGAUGCAGUCUUUGGCAAUCUCAAUAAAUAUUCUGUUGCCAAUCGAACAAGAUGUUGCUUUGCUGCACGAAGUAAACAAGUGGCCUCCGAACCAGGAGAUGGACAAAUUCACCCUAUCAAACAUCAGCAUGGCAUAUCGGGAGCUAAAGCAUGCUCAGGCCUCAGUCGAAGAUCAUAUCCAGCGAUGUGAACAUUUGGAAUCUGAGAAUGUUGAUCCGUCAAGUUCAGUAGAGAUCCAGCCAGUUCAAUCCAUCGUGCACCAUUAUAAGACACAACUAGAGGCCACAAAUGAAACUAUACAAGAAAGAGAGGCUACUCUCAAAACACUGGAGAACUUUUUCUCUAAACUUCAGAAGACAAAAUUGUCCAUUCAAGCAGAAGCUGUAGCUACAUUUAAGGACACGAGGACUGUAGCAGAGAAGCAAAGUAAACUAGUUGCUUUAGAGAAGCAAGUUUCCCAACUGAGAGAAGAGGCAGAGAAACUCGACGUGUCUCUCCAGGCAGUGGGCAUCUCCCUGGAGGACCCUGAAGUUGGAGGAGAAACAUCCUGCUUGAAAAUGGUUUCUGUAUUCUUUGGAAUGUUGCAAAGAGUUCAACGUGCAGGUGCAGAGGAACCUGGGAAUCUGGAAAAGAUAGAUGAACUUACUAUGCAAACCAUGAAUCAAACAAUAAACCCGCCUGUGGCUGACAAACACAUUUCUUUGGUUUAUGAAUCAAAUAAGCUCCAGGACCCGAGUAUGGAAAUAUUUACAGCGUUGCAUAUAAAUUCCGUUAUACAGGACAUAAAGGGUGUUCGAAGCUCUAUUGAAGAAGAAAAAGAACAAUUAGAAAAUCGUGGUUUCUCUUCUGUUCCUUGUUCUGAAGUUGAUGGUGAAAUGAGUCCAGCAGUGUUCCAAGAACAACCCAUAGUACAUCAUUACAAAAUGCAAUUAAUAGCAACUGACAAGACCAUGAAAGAAAGGGAAGAUACAUUGAAAUCUUUGAAAGAGUUUCUUUCUACUCUUGAGUCAACUAAGGACCACAUUGAAGCUCAAUUUGUGAACUCUGAAAUGGACAAAAGCACGUUAUUAGAGAAGAAAAAAUGUCUAGAAGCUUUGGAGAAAAAUAUCUACUCAUUGGGGCAAGAGGCUGAAAAACUUGAUGUAUGUCUACAAACAUCAGAAAUCCUGCUCGAGGAUCCAGAGAUUGGAGGACCGACAUCCUGCCAGAAAAUGAUUUCUGGGUUCUUUGAAAGAUUAGAAAGGGCUCAGGAAGCUGUCAUAGAGGAACUCAGAAGCAAAGAGCUGAAAGAGAAAAUAGCGACUUUGAGUGUUCAACAAAAAGAAUUCUGCAGACGCAUACAGGACAUUCAAGAUCGAAUUGAUAAAACUGGCUUAAAAGAUCCCACAAUUCCUUCUGUUCAAAAAAGACUGAAAAUCUUCCUGAAACUUGAAAAAGAACUGAAUUCUUAUGCCAAAGAAAAACGCUCUGUUGCGGACAACUUCUCCCAAAUUCCAACGGCACAACUAAAGGGUAUUGAAGGCUUGGAAGAGUGUGAGACUGUAUGGGAGGAUGUGUGGCAGUCACUUAUUCACAGUAAAGAGCAGUGUGAGAAGGUUUUGGACCUGCUACGCCGGUUUAAAAGCUGCCGGACCAUUUUAUCCUCUCUAAUUCAGAAGGGAGAAAGUACGCUAUCACAGCAGUCUUCCUACAUGGGAAAAGAAAAUCUCCAGAAAAUGAUCACAAAGGUCGACGCAGUAAAACAGGAGCUAAAUGAGAAUUCCGAAAACAUUGAGGAGAUAAACAGUAUCUGCAAGAACCUUCAGUUCCACCUGAGCAAGAUGAAGAGUUUUGGAAGUCCACCUUUUCAGAGUGAAGCUAACUUGAUGACUGAUAAAUGGUUGGAUAUGUUUGAAAAAAUCGUCAACUAUGAAGAAAAUCUGAAAACUGCAUCUAACUUGUGGAAUAAAAUUAUUUGCCUGUCGAAGGACAUCGAGCAGUGGUCUGACUCAAAGAUAAGAAUGUUUGAAGAAGUUUCCCUAACACAAAAUGAUGUGCCGUCCUUAAAUAUUGAGCUUCAAAAUCAAGAAAGAAAUCUGGAAGAAAUAAACAAAAAGACCAACGACAUCCAAAAUAUUUUGCAAAAUUCUGAACUUCCUUUGGAAUUGCAGGUGAUCAACACGUCUCUUCUGAACAAAAUCGAACUGAUCCGAUUGCUUGCAGCAAGAAUUCCUGAAAAUAUGAAUUCUGCAUCACAAUUAAGUGCAGUCGUUGAUGCGCCAGAGACAUCUAGUGCCGGAGAUGAUUUAACUCCCAAGUCCUCGUUUCUUACAAAUGAGACCCCGACGGUAAAUGUCAUCAAAACAGAGGCGUCGGGAAGAGGCGAAGAUGCUCGAAAUGUUAGUCCUCACUUACAUGAUAAGACGAUUUCUAUGGAGGCAGAAUCUGACCUGGUACAAAAUAACCUAUUGGAAUGCACAGUUUCAACCAAUGAAGUCCAGAGGCCUUCAGAAGAAACCGAGAAUCUAGAUGACAAGUUGACUAGUCCUUUAGACGUCCACUGGUUAAAGCUGACCGAAUUUAAAAAGAUACAGGAAUCUUUCAACUCUGAUCUCCAGCCUGGUUUGCAAGAAAAACUAGCCCAGCUAUCAAACGCCAAACAAUUACUCCAGGAAUCCCAAGAUCAUGCAGAUCGCAUGAAAUCAACCCAGGUUUCUCUCUCAAGUUCUGGUGUUGAUGGUGAUCAGUGGUUAGAAGUCCAGAAUGCUUACAAAUGCUUCCUCGGUCAGCUGCAGGAUACAAUGCAGAUACUAGUAAGCCGCGUUCAAAGACACCAGCACUAUGAAACUCUCUCGGCUGCCCUGAAUAGCAAAAUGACAAGUUUUUCUGAAGAGCUUCUUAAUUUUACGGUCUCAUCUUGGGAAACCACAGCGUGCGAGAAAAAGAGGCAUAAAUUACAGGAGCUACACGCACAAUUUGAAGGAAUUGAUAACGAUGUAAAGGAGUUAGUGGCGAUUGCGGAUAGCGUGAAACAGGAAACCUCCCUGCCGGGAAUCUCCACUGUUGAGGAAACACUAGAAACCUAUCAUGGCAAGAUAGGAGAUUUUAAUGCACAACUGGAACCUCUGGAACAGGACCUUCCACAAGCUCCUGAGAAACUGAAAAUUAAGAAACCAAAAAAAGUGAAACCGAUACCAUCAGAGCCUUCAGUUCCUUCAACAUCUGAGCCUCUGGUUCCUGCCCUUCAAGAGGAGAGUGUCAAAGGCAAGAAAGGGUCCAAAGGUCAGAAAAAGAAAAAGGCGGUGUCUGAAACAAUUGCUGGGGAGAAACUAAAACCGGAAGAUCAGUUAUUGAAAGAAAUCAUUACAACAGAAAAUCAGGAGGAGAUAAUGGACCAUAAAGUGGAGGUGGUGACAGAACCCAACCCCAAAGAGAACAUAAUUCUGGAAAAUCGAUCCGGGAAAGAAACGGUGACCCUAGUAACACAGACUAUUGCAAUGGAUCAUAAAGAACAGAUUUCGUCUGACCAACAAAGCCAAUUGGUCAAUGACUUUGACCGAAGACCAGAGGAAGUCCAGGAUCUUGUGGGAUGGCUUAAUUAUAUAAGAACAAGGUUUCAAACCCUGAAGGACACCCCAUGUGGGCAACAUCAGUUACUUGAGAAAAUUUACAAGAUACAGGCUAUGUGCGCUGAAAUUACUCAGAAGAAAAUUGAUCUGGAUGUGACGGGCGCUACGAGUGAAACUGUCGACGAGAAACCAUUAGCACGAACCACUGAAGAACAAGAGGCCAUUGGUCAACUGGAGAAACUUCUUCAUGACUUUGAUUGUUACAGGAGGCAACUGGAAUCCGCAUUAAGUGACUUGACUGCCUGUAACGAGGUCUUCAAGAAAAUUUCAGGUCUGUUUUCUUCGAUUGAGGAACGUUUGUGCAGCGAAUUGCCUUUAAAUGAUGAGCAAAAAUCUGACAUUUUGAAAGGCGUUCAGCCAUUGUAUGAAGAGGUGACAUCCUGCGUUGAAUCUUUUCAUAAAUCAUUUGACCAAGCAGUUGCUUUGAACAUUUCCUGCAAUACUAUAGAGGUGGAACCCAUGAUAAGCAAGACAUUUAAUCGUGUAACUAAAAAAAUGACCUGUUUGUCCACCAGUGGACAUUCAGAGAAGAAGGAGGAGGAUUCAAAGAGUGGAGAAGAUAGCGUUCCUGAACAUUAUAAGACUCUGGAACCCUCUUACGCUACAGAGAAGGCCAUAUUGCAGGCUCCAGAUAUCCAUUUACUAGGAGAGGUUAACACAGAGACCUUAAAUGAAGAUCUUCCUCCGUCAUCUGAAUCUCUGCAGAUAGAAGAUAAUUUAACCAAAGAAUUUGAGCUUCAUCUUGUGAAGUGCCAGGAAGAAAUGGAAGAAAUAUUUGCAAGCAUCCAAGAGUUAUUACAAAUUGAUUUUAAGAAUCUCCAGCAAUGUUCAACGCAAACUAGCUGGAAGGACCUUCUGCACAAUGUGAAGUCUAAUGGUCAAGAUGUGCGAAUGCUGUCUGAAGAGAACCCAGGAGUAUUAACCAGAACUGAGGUUGAAAACAAACUUGGUCUUUGGCGAAAACUUCCUUUAGAAUUAGAUGGUGCUGAAGCGGACCGACAAGCUCAAGAUAUUGAGAAAAUCUAUGAAGAAGUAUCAAAACUGGAAUCUCCGACAUCUUGCCUGCGUGAUGGAACAUCUAGCUUCCAGGGAGGGGAUCUUGUGAUGGAUGGUUCGAAUACCAAGGACAUGGUUUCGUGGAGCAGCUUGAUCUCUGAACUAGAUACCUUAAAAAUUCAAAAGCAAAAGGAGCGCCAGGCCAUUAAAGACUACCAGAAUGCUCUACGCUCGGCAAAAUCCUCACUGAAACGGCUCUCAAAAGAGAAAGAGAAUCUCAAACUGGGACAAUCUGAAAUUCAUACGGAUCACUUGGAAAAGAUACAGAAUUUCCUUAAUAAAUCAGCAAAAGAAAAAAAUACUUUUCACACCUUGAAAGCUGAACAAGCAAAAAUAGGCGCUUAUGGGAUAUCCCGUGCAGAGAGAGAAAAAAUAGAAAUGGAUGUUAAACAGAUUGAAGAGUACUGGGAACAAACCGAGCUGAUGGUCGAGAAGAAACGUGAUAACCUUGUGAAAGAGGCUGAGGAGCUAAAAUUUCUCAAGCAGAAAGUUGAUGAUGUGCGAGAUAUGAUUCAGGUCCAACAUGAUUUGCUGGGUCAGAUCAAUGAUCCGGCGAAAGACUCUGCUAGGAAUUUGUUGUUUGUGACUGCAGACCUGAAAGCCACCAAGCAUUUGUUUUCUUCAUUAAGAAAUGCAAUUGAUCUACAGACGAAAAGAUCUUGGGGUCAAACUGAAUGUAGACGUCUGGAGAAUUCUUUGGAAGAUUUGCAGAGUCAACUGGAAAAUAUCGAGCGUCGAGUAAAUGAAGUGCAAAUGACAGCGUCUCAAACACCGCAUGUCAUCUUAGAACAUCAUACCUUUCUGAAGCCUUUAUAUGAGGCACUCACAUGGAUCAAAAACAUUAAUAAUAGAGCUCUGUUUGAAAACACUGUUGCUCUUUUGCCUGAAGAUGUGGAAGAACAAAUUUUAGAUUGCAGAAACUUGCAAAAGGAAAUCGUAGACCGAAAGUCUGCUGUACUCUCAGAUAUUGAAAAGUCCAAAUCCAUAUUGUCAAGAACGGGUGUACCUGUAUUUGAAGAUUUCAACUCUUUUUUCCAUCAACUGCAGGAAUUGUACGAGGGACAAAUUAUACAGUCUGCUCAGAGAUUAAAGCUCUUGGAAUCCGGAGCGGAAAAGAGAAAAAUGCUCUUUACAGAAAUUGAAAAGCUUGAAGAGUUGCUGCAGGGCCUGGAGAAUGAUACAAGUCCAGUUAAAAGAGGAGUAUUUAGCGCAUCAGAGUUAUGUGAGCAGCUAAAUUGUUUAAAGGCUAAGAGAGUAGAGCUAGGAAAAAUUGAAGGUCUUGUCUUGACAUUACUCAAGAACAGCCAGAACUAUCACCACGAGUUAAACAUUUCUGAACAGCUGUAUUUAAAUGAUCUAUUAAGGAGCCUAAAGAUUAAAGCCAGUACCCUACGAAAAUUAGAGGAGAAGAAGUUUUCAUACUUGGAAAAGAUAAAAAAUAUCUACGAUGAGUUUCAAGAAAGGACAAGACACUUGAUUCAGGAACAGAAUACAUUUCAGAAUAGCAAUCCAGAGAGUUAUGACAGAAGGAUAACUAUUGAAAACCAAUUACAAGUUGUUCAAAAGGCUACUCCCUUGCCUUCAAACCACUGGUCUCCAAUAAACUGUUACAAAGAUUUGUUUAAAGAGAGCGGACUUGACUGGGAUAGUUCAACUGUUGAUAACUUUCAGGAACACUCUAAAAGUAUUGUUGCCAGCGUUGAGGUGGAGGAUCAAGUCAGUUUGCCUGGAACCGAACUUAUAGCUUAUCAGAAGAUGUUGGACAAAAUACAAAUAAUGAUCUCUAUAGUACAAAGAGAAGCCACCAUGAUUGGAAGCAAUUUUAACCUCAUACAUCUUCAUGUUUUACAUCAGAAAGUCAAGAAAAUAGCAAUAUUGAUAGAAGAGGCUGUUUCUGUACUAAAGGAAAAAAUUUCUCCUGAUCAGCCAGUGGUCCACAUUGAAGAACAGAAGAUGAAAACAUUCGGUGAAUGUAUGGAUCGUUUACAUCAGUCUUUGACCCAGCUGAAAAAUGAAUCACAAGUUAAACAAAGUAAAGAAAAUAUUCAGUGUCGCCUGAAAAGUGUUUUGUCUUCUCUAAAGAAAGUAGACACUGAACUGCAGGAGCCUAUUUCUAUCGAGCUAGAUAUUCCUAAAAUUGAGGCGGAACUGCUGAGGCUUGAGGCUAUCAAUGAAAUAGUUAAACUGGAAUUGCACGAUUUAAGGUCUACACUUGAACCUGAAUCCAAAGAUGACAUCAAAGAAUAUGUACUUGAAUUAAAUGAUAUUGAGAAUCGCAUUGAAACAAACAUUUCACAGCAUAUUAAAACUUAUAAUAAAUCUCGCGAGGCCCUCCAGAAGCUACAGGACGCGAAUUCAAAAGCAGCAGAACAGUUCAGAAAAUGUUCAGAACUCCAUAGAUACCCUGUGAAUGUCAGUACCUUAGAGGGUGGUGCAGAGAGCUCCGAUUUCGGGGUUAACACAGACGACCUGCGUCUCACUGCAGCUGAAAUCGGAAAGCUGUCUGAACAACUGAAAUCACACUGUACACCAGACGCAAAAGAAGAUCUUGAAAAGCUUCUGUGUGACAUCAACAAUAACAUGUCUCACCUGUUAGAUUUGUACGAGAAAAGAAAAUCUGCUUUGACCAGUUGCCAAGAAAAAUUCCAAACCUUCAAAGAAAUGAGAAAGAAAAUGAACGAUGAUCUUGAGGGAAUCGGAACCUCUUUAGGAGAUUUAUGUUCCCAGAGGCCAAUGUCCUACAAAGCAGCGUGGAUGCAAUGGGAGAAAAGUAAAGAGUUGGUGUCAAAAAUACACUCCUGCGAAGAAGAAUUAUUGAAAUUAAAAAGACUUUCCAGGGAACUGGGCAGUAAGUGUUCAGAGAACGAUUACGCGUUUCUUGACAAGAUGGCGACCGCCCAGUGGAAUAAAUGGUUGUACUGGGUGGGUGUUGCUCAAGACUGGGAGCUAUAUUGUGAGGACCUAAAGCAAGAAUGGAAGCGGAUUUCCGAGGAGAUUGAAAGAGAGAUGAUACUUCUGGAUCAUUUUCAGGAAGAUGUUCCUGAUCGAGCUGGAAAAGAGCAAAGCACAGCCCAACUUCAGGACUCGUUACUCGAGCUGAAACGCUUCGACCAGAAUCUAAAAAUGCAGCAGCUACAGCUGUCUUUGCUAUUAUGUCGGAUACAUAAUAUUCUGUGUACAUCGGAGAGCUCGGAGAAGAUCGAACCAAAUCCUAUUACCAAAGAAAUUCAGUCAAUGAAAAACAAGUGCAAAAUACUUCAUCAAAAGGCUGUGAAUAAUGAGCAAGAGUUAAACACAGAACUUAAAAACAGGGACGAGUUAAGAGAACACAUUUCUGCUGUAAAGAAAUCUCUGCAGAAAGUGUCAACGUUGUUACAGGAUUCCCCAGAAGAAGACUCUACGGACAGGAAAGAGCAGUUGGAGGAAUUUCAGAGUUUGAUAGAGUCGGAAAAGGAAAAAGCAAAACAUCUUAUGGAAAAACUUACAAUCCAAUACUCGGAAAAAGUUCCUGCAGAGCUUUCGUUACUGCAAGAAGAAUGUCGAGCAUUCUUAGAAGAAACUGAAAACAGGGUCAAGAAUGAAGUUCUACAAACCUCUCCACUGUACAUAAUGACCAGGAAGGUUGAGGCAAUAACUUCUGGUCUACAGAGUAUAGAAGGUCAACUAACAAAAAAAAGUGAAAAUAUUAUUAAAGCCAAGGACUUGCAGCAGAAAAUCUGGGAUGAAAUAGAUGCUUGUCAUUCGAAGUUGGUUGCACUAGAGUCGGAGGUGCAGGAUUUAGCUGAAGAAGAUCCAAGUCAGGCCCAGGAAUGGAUGGAUAAAUUAAUGGAUCCGAUGAGUCAGUACCAGCAAGUGUCCUAUCUGGUAGAACGUCGGACGGUUAAUUUGAAUAAGGCCUCGAGUAAACUGGAAGAAUAUCAAGACAUUUUAAAGAGCACAUCAUCAUGGCUCCAAAAUACAGACAGUCUGUUAAAUCAGGAAAUGAAGGAUUGUUCCGCCAAGGUUCUCAGUAAACAUCUAAAUUCUCUAGAGAUUGCGUUGGAUGACUGUGAGCAGAGGCACAGUAUGCUCGAUACUAUAAAUAGUGAACUGGGUGAAUUGGCUUCAAUCUUUGAAACCGAGAACCUAGCCAAACAGCUCGAGGAGAUAAAUAGCCAAGUGAGAGAUCUUUUGCAAAGACUGGUGAACAUCCUUCCACAUUUACAGCAUGUCACAAAUGAGGUAAAUGUUAUUGAAUCUGAAGUUAAAAGGAUGGAACGGAAAGCGGACACGAUCAAGACUAUUUUGACUUCAAAUGAUAUUGUUGACAUGUCACCCAAGGAACAUCACAAAAACGGAGAGGUCAUACUUCAAAAUAUUAAAUCCAUGAAGAAGACCAUUGAAGAGAUUGAAGCUUACAAACCAGAUCUCAUGCUUUCAGAGUCUGGAAUCCAGUCUUUUUGUGUUUUUAGAAGAACUAGACAGCUCUUCAAAGAGAUUGAGAUGUUGGAAAAUGCUACCAAAGAGCAAAAUAACCUAUUAGAGCCCAUAAUGAGUGAAUUGAUGGAGCUUGAGCAGGAACAAGAGAAGUUAAGAUAUCUUUCCAAGACUAUGCCUUAUGAAACAUCAGACAUAAAGGAGAAAACUGAAGCUGUGAAAGAACGUCUGACGGGGCUGAACCAGAAGAAAGAAGUGGUUCUCCUUUCCCUGAGGAGUUCGAUUUCUGAACAGAUUGAUCGUCUGCAAGGGGAGAACCAGGAGAUCGAGUCCGAAACUAUAACAUCCCCUGUUACUGAAGACCCAACUCUCCUUACUAAUGAGGCACCGAAUACUCAGGCUUGGGUGGAUUCCUAUUUCUUGCCCUCCUUGGCAGAGGAGAGUGAAGAAGACUCGUUCGGUGCUGAGGCUGAAGACAAAGCGGCAGCAGUCGGUGAAAAAAUUAUCCUCCCAGAACCCAACGGUGAAAAUAUCGGCUCUCCCUCUGCUCCGGUCCCAGAUGGAUUACACCAGGGAGAUCCUGGCCAAACGUUGGCUGACGUGAAGUCUGAUCCGGAGAUGAUCCUUCGAGAUUGCCAGGGCCGGGUAACAGAGGUGGAGCUUUGGCUUGAGAAAGUAAACCUAUCAUUAGCUGCGAGCAAACCGGAUCCAGAAAUGCAACAGACAGUGGAGCAGCAAUUAGCAGACUGUCAGAAUACAUUAGAGGAGAUUGAAAAGAAGAUCUGUGUGUUAUUGGACAGUGACAAAUAUAAAUACAAAGGAAAGGGGGCCUGGCUCAAAGAGGCAGAAUCUUUAUCAUUAAAGCUAAAAACUUUGAAAAUCAAUUUGGAGAACGUGCAGGCCAUGUUGCAGAUCAAAUCAGCGGAUGAACAGCUUCGGAACGGGCUGGUAGUACCUUCCUCCACCAAUGGCCACCUACAGCUGAUGGAUCAAGGAGUCACUGGAUCAGUACAGACAGACAGAACCACUGUCCUAAAUGUGAAGCCAUCUGAGGAAAGUGUCAUUCGUACAGAAAACCAGGAUUCUAAAGUAGAUUCUGAGCUCCUUAAAACACCGCAAUUACAUUCCAGAGAAUCUUUUCUGGAGCACGAUGUGGUUGGUCCUCCGCUCAACAUCCCCCUUUCUGGCAUCGAGGAUACAAGCUGGAGCAAGUGGCAAUAUUUACAGAAAGACCUGUCAUAUAGGAUCAAAAAUGUCCAUGAACCGGGAGCUCCUAAAGAUGUAAAAAUCCACUCGUUACCAAGAUUUCCUGUGUGUACAGCAAAAAUGCCUGCUGAAGAACCGAGGAAUUUUGUGAGACAGCUCGAAGCUCUGACUGAAGAGGCUCCCAUGUCAAGGAGCAUGGAUCAGGAAGAGUCUGUACAGAGAUCACUUUUUGCGUGGCUUUGUUCAACCUCCCAAUGGUUACAGAAUACAGAAGAAAUGUUCGAGAUGGGCGUUCUACCUAAAGAGGAAGCCGAGGGCCAACUUGACCUUUGCAAGAAACUGCUGGAUGAUCUAGAGACACUGUCGACAGGCAUGGCAAAUAGUAAGGAUAGUCUCUUAGUUAGCCAUGCCGAUGCACGCAAGGCAGUAUUAUCCCAGUGUUAUGAGAACAUCCAAAAUUGGCUUGCAGAGAUAAGAAUCAUUGCUGAUUCCAGAACAAAGGCCAUACAGAUGGAACUCGAAAAGAAUUCUAACUACCAGAAUGACACGAGUCAAUUGUAUGAAGACCUACUUAAGAAGAAAACCGAUCUGAUACAACUUUUGAAUAAUGGAGACUCUCAAGGUCCAGCAAAACAGCUUCGGGAUGUUGCUGUAUAUGAGACGGAACUCUAUUGGUUUGAAAACCAAGUUUCAUUACUCAAAAAACACGGAGAAAAUCUGUAUAUUCCAGUUGAUUUAAACCAGGAUAUCCACAAAUUAGAGGACGUUCUAAAUGAUUUGUGGAGGAUACUGCGAAAUAAGCAGAAGGAAUUCACUUGCGCGUCAGUUAAUCAGUCUGUGCUGGAUGCUCUGGAGUCCGUGGUAGUAGAUCUGUUGGGUGUUGGAAGAGAAAAGGUUUCUCUGUGUAAGGAUCAGAGAUCAAUCAGUAAGGAUGCCCUGGACACCACUCUCCAAAAUUAUAAGGACUUUUUCAAGAUAUUUUAUAAUCAAGUUCUCCUGCUGGAAACAUACUCAGUAAAGUUCUGUGAGUUGGAGCUGAGCAAGGAACGGACAGCCCGCGUGAUCUGUGACGCCCACUUAUUGGUGGAGGAAGCUGAAACUUGCUGCAUUCGUAUGAUGAGUGUUUUAAAGGGCUGGGAAGAAUUUGACUCACAAUAUGAAUAUCUUUGCGGGGAGAUGGAUGCAAUGAAGUCUUCAAUUCCCAGCAUUAGUUUGGUGGAAGAAACAGAAGAAAAAGUCAACGGAAGGCUUGACCAAUAUCAGGAAAUCAAGGAGCGUAUUGAUGCAAAUGAACCCAGACUGUGCCAAAUCAUUUUGGAAGGGAAAAAAUUGCUGAAUGCAGUAAACUGUCAAGAGUUGGAGGCUCGGGUAGCAACAAUGGAACAAAACUGGUCGCAGUUAUCCAAGAAAGUAAAUCAUGAACUGCACCGUCUGGAGGCGCUUGUCAGACACUUGGCCAGGUACGGCAAGGAAUCCGCUGAAUUAUCUCUGUGGUUAGAAUCCGCUCACCAGAAGCUCCAGAGUUGGAAAAUGCAAUCACUGGAUGCCUCGCAGGACCUGAAGACAGUCCGACACAACCUGGCAGAUUUCCUGGAGUUCACAAACGACGUGGAUCGGAUGUCUUCCUUGAAAACAUCGGUACUGAACACCGGCAGCCAGCUGCUACGGGUAAAGGAAGCAGAUAGUACCUACCUGAAAGUGACCAUGGGGAAAUAUGAGGAAAAAUGGGCAGAGCUCAUAGCUGCACUGCCGAUUGUGCAAGAAAAGCUUCAACAACUUCUCAUGGAAAAACUGCCAUCACGGGACGCUAUUCAUGAAUUAAUGGCUUGGUUAGAAGAAGUGGAGUGUGGCAAGGAACAUGAGAUUGGCACAAACACACCGACAUCUUUGUCUGAUGUGAGAAGCUCCCUCCAGGAAUGUAAAGAUUUCAGAAAACAAAUGAAUCACAAGCAGUGGAUAGUUGAUUUUGUUAAUCAGUCGUUACUCCAGCUGAGUGUGGGCGAUGUGGAAAGCAAGCGCUACGAGAGGACAGAAUUUGCAGAACGAUUGGGCGCUUUGAACUUGCGGUGGCAUCAGGUGCAAGGCAAUGUCAACAGAAAGAUUCAGCACUUAGAGCAGAUCCUGGAAACCUUAACAGAAAAUGACAGUAAAAGGCAAACAUUAAGUAGCUGGUUUGAUGCCCAACAGCAAAGGCUUAACAAAUUCCAGCAUCCAUUAAGUAUACCUGCGGCUGAGAGCGUGCUGAACGAUUGCUUGGACUUGCAGGAGCAACUCGUCAUCAAGACAGAUGCAAUAGAAGACUUGAAGAAGAGCACAGUGGAGACCGCAGGUGGCGUCCACAGUGCACCCGGUGAAGGCCCUAUUGGGACAGAUAAUCUAUUAAAACAGAGGGACCACGUUGCCAAUCAGAUUGCCAAUCUGAAUUCUUUGAUGCCCACAUUGAUACAAAACUGGAAAACCUAUGAUGUGAAUCUAGAGGAAGUUAUGAGGAUGGCGAUGAAAACUGUGUAUGUUCUACAACAUGAUCCACUUUCUGCGCCAUCAUUGCACUCCUUGAGGAGUCACGUAAAGAGGCUGCAGCGGAUACAGGAGGAAGUGGAGCAAUUUGGGGACUUGGAAAAAGUGAAAGAUUCUUUGGAGAGCCUGAUUGCGGUGUGUGGCCCUUCGGUGCAAGCAAUUGUGGAAGAGAAAUUUACUUACAGCAUAGUAUGGUGGGCUCUGUUAAUUCAGGAACUCGCUGUCUGUGUAGAAUCCGCAAACGCCUUAUUGCAGGUUUGGGAGUCCUACAGCGAAUCGUAUAGGGUUCAUUUAUCAAGACUACGGGAAGUUGAAGGAAAAUGUGACCUGCUCUUCUAUGGUAACAUUUCAGAAGACAAAACUGCAGACUCCUUGAAGCAGAGGUUGCUGGAUCUCCAGGAUUUGAGACAAAGUAUCCAGGAACUCAAGACGAACUCUGAGCAUGUUUCGGAGCUGGCGAACAGCGUGAUACAGCAGAAUGCCGCAGCAGCAGAUAUCAUUAUUUCGGAGAAAGAGACUGCUUCACACAGAGUGGCUCAUUUGGAAAGAAAUAUUUAUUCAAAAACUACUGAACUGACGUUAACUAUGAAUGAAGUCGAUCUUUUUAAGAGCAAUUUAGAAGCUCUUGGCGUAAGCGUAAAAUCAUCUGCUGGUGUUAUUGACCAAAUCCGUCUGUCUGGAAAGGAAAAAGAAGGGAAUUCUGAUAUAAUAAAGGAACAACUGUUGCAGCUCAGUGAACUUUCUGCUGAUGUUGAACGACUUAAUGAAGAGAGUUUCUCAAUUCCACUCGAUGACCAUACGUUAAAGAUGCUCCAAAACCUCAAUCGAACGUGGUCUACAACCGAAGCUACGGCUCUGGAGGGUUGCAGGGAGCUCCGAAUGAUUCAGCUAGAGAAAAAUAAUUUUAUUCAAAAUUAUGAAACCUGGAUGCAAUCGCUUGAGAAGAUGGAGAACAGCCUCAAUAGUGGGAUCGCAGGAACAUUUGGCUCAUUAAAGACACAGCAGCACAUUUAUGAGAGGCUCCAGGCUGAAAUAGCAAUAAAUGAACACAUUUUGCCUUCUUUUGUAACUAAGGCACUUACUCUGUUAGAGGAAGGAGUGGUGGAAAACAGAAGUGAAUUCAUCUUGAAACUCACUGAUUUAAAGGAGAAAUGGCAUAGUGUUAUACGGCUGGUUCAGCAACGAGAGCGAGAGGUAACUGCUCUCUUGAAGCAGUGGUGGACCUUUAACAGAUCAAAGCAAAGACUUGGGAAGUAUCUUGCUGGUGUAGAAAAAGCACUGACCAGUGUGAAGGCCGAGAGUUGCCAUGGUCUCCUCCAUACUAAAAAACUCAUAUAUGAUUUUACGGACAAGCAACAGCAACUAAAUCGGUGGCUCCCUUGUUAUUUGACAACCGUAGAUAUUGGCAAAGAAUUGCAGACGGUAGCAGAUGUCGGGACAAAGAACACUUUGCAGUCUGACCUCAGCCAGCUGCAGCUACAAUGGGAGAAGGUGUCAAAACAGCUGGGUGAUACAAUAAGUCAUCUACUCGGAGCUGCCCAGCAGAGAGAGAGCUUCCAGUGGAAGAUUCAGACACAGAGGAAACACCUACAGGAGCUGAAGGGGAGAGCAGAUGAUCCCCUUCCGACAUUGCAUGAGGAGCUACAGAGAGCAAGAGAACCCACUAAGGAGCUGGAGGAAGCCUUGGAUGAGUGGAACCAGAGUUUGAAAGACCUGGAUAACAUGAAGACAGAGUUGUCUCAAUACAUUGUAGCUGAGGAUGGACUGAUUCUCAAGAAACAAGUGGAAGCUCUGCACAGGCAAUGGGAAGAGUUGUGUCUGAGGGUGUCAAUGCGGAGGCAGGAGAUAGAGGAUCGACUCAAUGCUUGGAAUAUAUUCAACGAAAAGAACAAGGAGCUCUGCGAUUGGCUGACCGAGAUGGAAAGUAAAGCCUUGCAAACGGCAGAUGUCAAUGUAGAAGAAAUGAUCGAAAAACUCCAAAAGGAUUGCAUGGAGGAAAUUAAUCUCUUUAGCGAAAAUAGAAAUCACUUGAAACAAAUUGGGGAUCAGUUGAUCAUCGCCAGCAAUAAGGCACGAGCCACAGAAAUUGAUAACAAGCUUAAUAAAAUAAACGAUCGCUGGCAGCACCUGUUUGACAUUAUCGGCUCACGCGUUAAGCGAUUAAAAGAAACGCUGGUCGUUAUUCAGCAGCUUGAGAAAAGCAUGAGCAACCUGCGCACGUGGCUAGCUCGGAUCGAGUCGGAAUUAUCCAAACCCGUUAUUUACAGCAUCUGCGAUGAUCAAGAGAUACAGAGGAAACUGACAGAGCAACAGGACCUGCAAAAGGAUAUAGAACUACACAGCGCUGGAGUGGCGUCCGUGCUGAAUAUCUGUGAGCGUCUCUUGCAUGAUACAGAUGCAUGUGCUAAUGAGACUGAGUGUGACUCGAUACAGCAGACCACGAGGAGUCUUGAUAAACGGUGGAGAAACAUCUGUACCAUGUCCAUGGAAAGGCGACUUAGAAUUGAAGAAACCUGGCGUCUGUGGCAGAAGUUCCUGGAGGACUAUUCUCGAUUUGAAGAGUGGCUUAAAGAGGCUGAAACCAUGGCCGCCGCACCAGGCUCCUCAGAGGUGUUAUACACAAAGGCCAAGGAAGAACUAAAGAAAUUUGAGGCUUUCCAGAGGCAGAUUCACGAGCGCCUCACUCAUCUCGAGUUAAUCAACAAGCAGUAUCGAAGACUUGCCCGUGAGAACCGCACCGACGCAGCCAGCAAACUCAAAGAGAUGGUGCAUGAUGGGAAUCAACGUUGGGACCAGCUCCAGAAAAGAGUAUCAGCAAUUCUCAGGAGGCUGAAGCAUUUUACCAGCCAAAGAGACGAGUUUGAGGGAACGAGGGACAGUAUCAUUGUAUGGCUCACAGAGAUCGACCUUCAGCUUACCAACGUAGAGCAUUUUUCAGAAAGCAACAUAGAGGAAAAAAUGCAGCGGUUAACAGAAUUUCAGCAAGAGAUAACCUUAAAUACCAACAAAGUCGACGAGCUGAUAGUCUUUGGGGAGCAGUUAAUUCAGAAGAGUGAAGCAAUAGACGCUGUGAUCAUCGAAGAUCAACUGGAAGAACUUCACCGAUACUUUCAGGAAGUUUUUGGUCGGGUUUCUCGCUUCCACCAAAGAUUAACCAACAGAGACCAGCAUUUAGAGGAAGAAAGAGAAACAUCUGAAAAUGAUACGGAUGCGGAGGAUUCUAGAGAAUUUCAGAAUACCUCGUGGCACAGUACAAUGCACGAAGUAGACGCGUCUCACCCAUCCAUGUGUCAUCUCCUACCUCCACCUCUCCCUCAUGAGAGAUCUGGCCGGGAGACUCCUGUCAGUGUAGACUCCAUCCCUCUUGAAUGGGAUCCAACUGUGGAUGUUGGUGGCUCUUCGAUGCAUGAGAACGAAGAGGAUGGAACCUACUACAAUGCCUUGUCGGAUGUAGAAAUCACAGAAAAUCCAGAGGCUUAUGUCAUAUUGACAACCAAAACUGUACAAGCAUCUUCGGGUAAAUCUGACUUGGAUGCAGCUUCCUGGCACUCCACCGACAAGCAGAAACCUUCUAGAAAACAUGAAUUUGAGCACGGGAUUAUGAAGGGAUUGCUUUCAGCCACAGCAGAGACCAAUACGACGUUGAAUCUAACUUCUGCUGCACAGUUAUCCACGUCACCUGGAGCACAGGAGCCUACAAUACCAAGCGCUCCGGACCAGCAACAAGAGGAAGAGGGUCUGCAAGGUUUUGUUAGUCCAGGAACUCCUUCAGGUGUGAUAGAGCGUUGGGAGAUUCUUCAGGCUCAGAGUUUAAGCAAUGAAUUGAGAGAGAAACAGAGUAAGCAGAAGUGGCAGCAGUUAACGUCUGAUUUACAAAGUAUUACAUUGUGGCUCGAUAGAACCGAAUCUGAUCUUAACAAUGUAAGAAAACUCAAGCCUGCAUUAACCCUUGAAGAACUGGAGCACAAAGCAAGGAGACUCAAGGACAUUUUAAAAGCAUUUGACAGUUAUAAGGCUCUGGUGAUAUCUGCCAACCUCAGCAGCAAAGACUUCCAGCAGGCUGAAGUUUCAGAGUCCAGAGAAGUUUUAUCCAGACUCCAUGAAGUCAAUACCCGCUGGGACAAGGCAUGCAAUUCACGAGACGAAUGGCAGGAAAGCCUACAAAGCGAGCUCGUUCACUGUCAGGAGUUCCACAGUACAAGUGACCAGCUAUUGCUAUGGCUAACGGAAGCAGAGGCGAGAAGAUUAAUGUAUCGAGUCGCAGAUCACUCUACGGAUCCACAUGUGAUGCUGGAGAGUCAGAAUCAGCUUACGCAACUGAAAGAUCAGCUCUUGGAACGGCAGAUUCAGGUGAACACACUGAAGGACAUGGCUAGCUGCAUGCUGGUUAAAACCUCCGGAGAUGAUUACAUUGAAGUGGAUGAGAAAGUGCAGGUCAUUGAAAACAAGCUGAACCAGCUCAUGAAAGACAUUUCUUAUGAUAUAAAGACUCUCCAGGACACACUGGACAAUUCUGCCUUGUCAGAUGUAGUCGAUUCUGUGGGCGCUGUCCCCGCUGACAAACAGGCUCAUGUUGGUGCCGUCUCCAAAGACACGGACAGAUCAAGAGAACUUGCCUCUGUGCGGGACGUUCCCAAGAAACCAUCCUUCUUGUAUCGAGUUUUUCGAGCGGCUUUUCCACUUCAGCUUUUACUCUUACUACUUUUGCUUCUGGCCUGUAUGAUCCCUUUCUCGGAAGAAGAUUACAGUUGCACGCAGGCUAACAAUUUCGCCCGAUCUUUUUACCCAAUGUUGAGAUAUAUGAAUGGACCGCCACCGACCUAACUUGCAAGACACAGGGGGACCUGCGUGCAUCUCAGGCCAGCGAAGGGACAUCCCACAAGUUUAUAUUUAAAUGUCGUCCGGGUUAAACCACCUUUUCUGCCACCCACAGAGACUUCAUUUUAAAUGUUUUGUGACCCCACUUCAAACUGGCCUGCUGGAGGCACAUCGUUUGCAUGCACAUGGUAACUUUAUAUAUACAGUGAAUGAUGACUUUGGCACUGCAGAUGUUUACGGACUACAUUUCCCCUAAAGCUCUACUAGCCUUUAGUCAUUUUGUAGUCCCAUCUGCAGUGACAGGGUUAACCAUUACUAGGGUAAUCGGUGAGGGUUCAGAAUUCUAGCCAUGGUAAACAUUUAGAACAAGCAAUAAUGUGUUCUCAAUUUUAUUUUAAGUGUCUAAAGAAUUGUAUUUUAUUGCAUGGCCGUGAUUUUUAUUUUUUAUUUAUGUGGAAUUUAAAGGUUAACUACAAUGUAAAUUGGCACAUCGUUCUCUACAUAAGGACAUUUAUAUUCCUAUAAUUAGAUUCUGUACAGUAUGAUUUGUGUUUUUUAUUGCAGGCAUUAGGUUCUGUGUUGUACAGUCCAAUUUUAUUUUUAUUUUUUAAAUCCUACUUUUUAAGCCAUCAUGUGACCAUUAAAGAGGGUAAAUUUUUGGUUUAAAGGUCACAGCUGUUUCUAAAUGUUUGGAGGUGGAUGAUUUUCUAUUCUGUAAAGUUGUAUGGAAUCUGCAUAAGAAUAUUGUUAAUCUCUUGGCAGGAUGUUGAAAUGGUUUCAAUAAACUAAUGCCCUUUGUAACAA